AUGCUACAGUCAUGCUUGCCAGACUAUGCUUUUUAUGGCCGUGGACCAAAAGUUGGCCCUGAGGUCAUUCUAACCGACAAUUGCAAAGAGGAACGCAAUGCUCUCAACUCAGUGUGGCCAUCCUGUAAACUUCUUCUAUGCAUUUUUCACAUGCUUCAGCAGGUUUGGAGGUGGCUACAUGAGACCAGCCAUGGUAUCAAUCAAGUUGAUCGUCCCUACAUCCUUAGUCUUUUUAAGAAGAGCUUGUAUGCAGAAACAGAGGAACUGUUUGAGGACUGCUUUUCUGAACUGUUGAAUGAUGACAAAUGCAAAUGUUAUCCAAAUCUGGUUGACUAUUUGGGAACUCUGUAUAUUGAGAAGGAGGCCUUUGCUCUUUGCUUUCGUACAGAACUACGAGUAAGAGGCAACCACACUAAUAAUUUUGCUGAGGCACAGUUUUUAGUACUGAAGGAUACAAUUCUGAGGAGAGUUAAGGAGUACAACGUUGUCGGGCUUAUCAGCAAGCUCACAGUUGAGUUGGAGGACCACUAUAAAGACAAAUUGUUCUCCAUAGCUGAUGGCAGCUUUGAUGGUCUUUACAGACGGCGCUUUAUGGGUAAAGGAACGGAUGGCAGCUCAGGUUUUCGCACUCCUGAUUUAAGGGAACGCGACUUGUAUCUAUCAACUGUAGAAAAGUUCAACAACGAUGUGUUUAAAGUUAGGAGCUCAUCAUAGAACAAUGAAAGGUAAACUAACUGUUGUCACAGCUUGUGCAUGUGCCAUUUAGGGAGAGUUCAUUAU